AUGAAACGCCCAGAGAAGCUGUAUAGUCAUCUGAACGCGGGACUUGAACGGGAAAAGCCACUUCGGUUUCACCCCUACUAAGGAGUGGCAGCUAAAUUUUAGACGCGACACAUUUUAUUUCGCAACACUCGCCAGCGUUUUUCAGGUUAAAACGCAUCAAGAAAAACACCACGGCAACAGUUACAUCUCAACAGUGUUGUUAAACGAAAGCAACAAUUUUGGCGGGAAUAGGCUAGUCCAGAAAUUGGCAGAAAACAGCCAGCCCAACCGAAAUAUAUGGACAACAUUUCGCUACUUGGAAUCUUUAAGGGUGAGCUUAUUGAGCUUUUCUUCUUACCUUCUGUCGACGAAAAUCCCACGAAUGGCGAUCACAAAAUACCCGAGCGUGAACUAUUUCAAUAUUUACUCAAACAAAAUACACAAUCAUCCAUUCUAAGAGAAAUCGACCACGAAUCCAAGAUAAUCGAAGUGGAAACUGAUCGGCAAAGGGGUAAGUCUAUUAAAAAUGAACCUUUCCACACUUUCGUCAUCUUCAAAACUGAAAAAGUCUGGUGGUCCUUAGAAAAGACCGCGAAAGACGCAGUCGUUUUGCAACGAUUCCGCGACAAAAAUGAAGUCAAGAACAAGUUUAAAGAAACUGAAAUUCUUGCCGAAAAACUGGAGGGAAAAGGUUGCAUGAGAGAGUUGUUAACAUUUUUAUGGAUUCACAUGAUUAUAGAUGUCAAAUACCAACGUCAUUUAUCUCGCUGCGAGUCAUUCAUCCCGUUGAUUAUGAGAAAAAUCACGAAAAUCGGUUACAAAUACGAGAAAGAUUUCACUUAUUCUACUUUGUCUGCUGAAGAAAAGAACCCCGAAUUAUCAGAUUUAAUGGAUUUCCUUUUAAAUGUUUCCGAUUGGCAUCCGCUUGUCGUUGCAACUUAUUUGGGAGACACGGUAUUACUCGACAGAUUAAAGCAAGACGGAAAGUACAACAUCAACGGCGUGUACAACAACUUGACUCUGCUCAACCUGGCCAUUCUUUUUGAUAAAACUGAAAUGGUUCAACAUUUCCUACAAAAAACCAACGCCGAUCCCACUAGAUGCGACGAAAAAGGAAGGAACGCACUUCACACGGUGGCCAAAUUCAACCGGGAAAAGGAAAUUGUUAACUCAUUAUUAAAAGUUAAGAAAAUUAAUAUCGAUCAAUGUGAUGCAACUGGAACGACAGCCCUCAAUCACGCAAUCAUUGCAUCCAACACCACAGUCGUUCGUUACUUAUUACAUUACGGCGCAAAUCCCAAAAAACAGGACCAGAUUGGCCGUUGGCCACUUAAUGUGGCGGCAUCCUACGCCACAGACCCGAUAAUCAUCGAUCUAUUACUUGAUAAUAAGGAAAUAAUUGACGUUGAUGAUUGCGACAAAUUCGGCGUUACCGCCCUUCAUCACGCCGCCAUGGCGUCAAAUAAUAAAAUGGCAAGUCACCUGUUGGCAAAGGGCGCCGACAUCAACCGACGUGACAAGCACGGUGUUACUCCACUUCACGUGGCUGCAUUCUUUGCAAAGGACAUGAAAUUGAUCGAUUUGUUUCUUGACAAUAAAAAGGUUGAUCUACACUAUUGCGACGAACUUGGGCAAAAUGUCAUCGCCUACGCCCAGAAAAACACCUACGGAAUGCGAAAAGAAAUUAUUGAUCGCGUGAGUAAAAUAGACUACGGAGUAAUCAAAGAAUACAGUUUAAUGAAAAUGGCCAAGUCUGAAAUGCACACCCCCAUCUGGAAAAGAAUCGUUUGUUUUUGCCAGCACCUUUCAGCCUUAAUCGCUCCACUUAUGAAAAACUACAAAUUAAAACUUUUCUACGUUCCUUUUUCCGACCUCAAACCCGGAAAGGGCAUCGAAAUAUCUGAAUCUGUGUUGAUUCGGAACAUAGCCGACAAAAGAAGUAUUAAACAAGUGAAUAUUUCCAAGUCUGAAAUAUGUAAUACAACGAAACUUUUAGGUGACCUCAAUGUCCAUUUAAACAUCACACAACUUAAAAUUUGCCAAAGUAAUGGCAACAAUUCGGUGGCGAAUUUAAUUAAAGCUUUUCACUCUUUCAUCAUUUUUCGAACGACCAGUGACAAGGACGGAGUACACUGGUGGUCUUUGGACAAGAAGGCGGAUUACAUCGUCCUGCAACGAUCCCGCAACAAGGACGCCGUCAAAAACAAGUUUGGGAGCCAAGAGCGAAAGAAUGUCAAAUGCAAUAUUCAAGACUUGGUAGAAAAAUGUUCAAUCAAGGACCUUUUAACAAUCCUUUGGAUCCAUCAAGUCAUGCAAGAAUUCAACCUAAACAAAAGUUCAAACAGUCAAUCCUUCGUCACUUUUGUCAGCAAAGCCAUCACGGUGAGAGACAACAAGGAACAUCAAAGUGACGAAACGUUGGAUUUAAUUCAAACUCUUUCAUCAGGUGUAUCUAAAUGGCAUCCAUUAUUCCUUCCCAUUUAUUUAGAAAAUACCAACCUGUUUGGCAGAAUCAAGGAAUUGACAAAUUGCGACUAUUUCAAUGACAAACUCAGCCCGCUAAACUUGGCAAUUGCAAUUCCUUGCGAGGCAAAAAUGAUUCGACAUCUUUUAGAAAAAGACGAUCCCACGAAUCGCGAUGUGUCGGGGAGAAAUGCACUUGAAAUAGCAGCCAUCUACGCAGAAAACACGGAGGUAUUGGAUUUACUCUUAACACACGAAAACGUGAAAAUUGGCGGAUGCGACGAAUCCUGGAGAACUGCCCUACAUUUCGCCGCCGCUUCAUCCAAUGCCAUCGCUGCCGGACGUUUAAUCGAAAGGGGCGCAGAUCCCAACCUAUUGGACAGCCAUGGCCGUUGUCCACUUCAUCUGGCGGCAUUCUUUGCCAAGGACAUUGACAUCGUCGAUGUUUUUCUCAACGACAAGCAAGUUCGAGUCAAUUCGUUGGACAAUGAUGGGAGAAAUGCGCUUUACUACGCCGAAUACAACCAGCACGGACUAACCAAAGAGAUUGUCAAUCGUUUGAAGGAAAACGGCAUCGCUGAAAAAAAAAGGUCUACUAGCAACAAUGCUCCUCCACUUGAAGUUGGGAUUCAGGAAUAUUCCAAUCCAGAAUUGGAUAAAUUUCUUACUCAUGGAAAAGUGGAGAGCAAAAAUGGCGGCAAACGCAAAAAAAAACUAUCUGAUCCACUUCAUACGGCAACACAGCAAUCCUGUAAGAGUACGCAUAUCCUAUUAGGCAAAUCUGUCAAUUCAUAUAAAAAACAAAUAAAAAAAACAUUAAACAUUUUCUUUGUAAGCGUUCUGGCAACAUUUUGUUUUGCCUACAUGAACAAAUCAGAAAUUGUACGUCUCAUUGCAACGUUAUCACCCAACACGUUUAUUGCCAUUUUUGAAGACCAGUCAAAGCAGUUAGUCUUUAAAACGAAUGCAAACCAACGCUCAAGUUGGUCGGAUUACCUUUUCAAGACCAAACCAUACAACGGAUUCUCUGAUAAUUCAUAUUCAAUGACCAUCAAAGAUGAAUUAAAUAGUGACGAUAGAGCGUCAAAAAUGAUCGGCGAAUGGCUGAGCUAUUUUUAUGAUCAUACCAUCACCAUCAUUGAAUGGCUAUUAACACAAGAAUGUGGCUUGCUUGUGUUGUGCGUUGCAGUGUGUUUUGUAAUGUUUCAAUGGCAAUUUAAUUUCAAUGGCAAAGGUUUGUUUGGUGGAAAGUACAAGAAAAUGUGGCUCUUCGUGCCCGAAGCUGAUAAAAAACCUAAAGAGAAACACGAAAUAUCGGAAGCAGCGCUCUUUCGAUUUUUACUCAACGAAGAAACUUUGCAACAAUUCGGUGAAGCUGAAAUACCCGAAAUGCUGGGAAUUUUAAAAGACAUAGACAAGAAUUCAAAAAUCACUCAAGUCGAAACCCACCAAAGCAGCAUGGGCCCAGCGACAGAUUUUCUGCAGGCAUUUCACGUGUUCAUCGUCUUCAAAACGACAAGUGAAAUAGACGGAGAGUAUUGGUACUCUUUAGAAAAGAACACGAAACACAUCGUCUUGCAACAAUCGCGCAACAAAGAAGACGUCAAGGACAAGUUGGAAGGCGAACCACGAAAACGAGUGAAACUCAUUCGAGAAGAUUUGGAAGGAAAAGGUUCAAUCAAGGAUCUGUUUGCAAUACUUUUGAAGCAUGAAGUCAUUCAAGAACUCUACAAUGUCGCGGGAUCCAACUGUCAGUCCUUUGUCUCUUUCACCAGCAAACAAAUGACUGCUGAAAAGGGAUACAAGUACAAGGGUUACAAAUACCUCGCAUCUUAUGAAAGGACAUGCAAUAACCAAUACACCCAAAAUUUGCAACUCAUAAAUUCCUUAACGGGUGUGACCGGGUGGCCCCCUUUAUUCAUUUUCGUUUAUUUGGAAAACACUUAUGGUUUUGAUAAAGUGAUGAGGAAUGGCAAGUACGACAUCAACGCCCUCCACGGGGGAAUCACUCCGCUCCAAUUUGCGAUUAGGUUGGAUAAAACCAACAUGGUCAAACAUCUUCUAAAAGAUCCAAUCAAUGCCGAUCCAACAACGCGCGACAGUAAAUUCGGGUGGAAUGCACUUCACGUGGCAGUAACGUACACAUUGAAAACAGAGAUCAUUGAUUUGCUAUUAGCUCAUCCCAAAGUCAACGUUGACGAUGUAGACGGAGAUGGACUAGCGGCUCUACAUCGGGCCGCUUUGGUUUCCAACGUCAUCGCUGUUAAAAAAUUAUUAGAAAAAGGAGCCAAUCCCAACAUUGGCGACAAAUGGGGUUAUUCUCCUCUUCAUGUAGCAGCUUCUUUCGGAAAGAGAACAGAGAUCAUCGAUCUAAUCCUUCAAGCUCAAAAUCACGUUGACGACGACAAAGCUCCAGAUGGAUCAACUGCACUUCAUUACGCCGCCAUGGAAUCCAAUGAAAUCACAGCUGAGCAUUUGAUCGAAAAGGGCGCUGAUCUCUAUUGCCGAAACAAUAAUGGCGAUACUCCACUUCACGUGGCUGUAGCCGGUGCAAAGGACAUGCAAAUCAUCGACUUUUUCUUACGAAAAAUGAAAGAUAAAGACAUGUUGUACCAGUACAUUAAAGCUGGCAAACUUUUAUAUCACGCCUACAGCAACAAGAACUUACUAGGAGCGGAAAUUGCUGCUCGGUUGAAGGCAAUCGAUAGGAUACAAAAACCUCAAAGUUGGGCUGACAAAAUACUUGAGGUAGGCCUACUCCGACGCCGUGUCUUCGCGAAGUGCGUCAAGCUUUUACUUGAGUUCUUCAAGGAAAAGGAAGUCACAAAUUCUUCCUCUUGUUUUACGCCACUGGAUCGCCUCCAAAUAGAAAACGCAAAGAAUGACCAAGAAAUUGAUGAAAAUCUGAAAGAAGGAAAAUUCGACAUCAACAGCCGCGAUCAAAAUGGAGACACUCCUCUUUUUUGGGCAAUACGCGCAAACAAAGUGGAAAAGGUUAAAAUUUUGCUGGAAAGAGGUGCCGAUCCUACCAAACUGAACAACGAAGGCCUCACUCCGUUUCAAGUGGCAGUGACACAAAAUAAACACUCGGAGAUUCUAGACUUACUUCUGGAAGACGAAGAUGUUGACAUCAAUGACGGUGGCAUAUCUGGAUACACUCUUCUUCAUUGGGCAAUGGCAACAUCCAACGUGACUGUCGUUGACUUCCUGUUAUCAAGAGGAGCGAACCCCAACGUCGCUGGCCAAAAUGGAGCCACUCCGCUUCAUAUGGCGGCCUAUUGUGCAGACAAAACCGACGUUCUCGACCUGAUCCUGAAAACGAAACAAGUCGACAUCAACCGUCGUGACAAAAAUGGCCAAACUGCUCUUCAUUAUGCAGUUAGAGGAUACAGAGUGGAUAAUGUUGGCUACUUGCUGGAAAACGGAGCCAAUCCCGCCAUUCGCGACGAGAAUGGCUACACUCCUGUUCAUCUGGUAGCAGCGGCAGUCAAUAAAGACUCGGCUAUUCUCGACUUAUUUCGGUCAAAUGGAAAAAAAACUGAGAUUGAUGAAAGGGACAACGCAGAAGACUUGGGCAUCGUAGAACUACCGCCGAGUCAGAAAGACGCGGCCAAUGUCGACUCCUUGGACAACAGUGGAGUACAGCAACAUAUCCAGGGGCAAAGUGAAGAAAUGUCCAGUCCUUUGCAAGACGCCACGCAAAUCGGCAAACCCUGCGACGAAUCCAAGUUGAAAUCCCCUUAGGAGACGUUCGACGGUCAGCAUUCACAAUAUUAAAUACUAAAUAAAUAUGCAGUAAAUAACAAAUGCGGAACGCUUUAUACUUUUACACUUAAAAUUAAAUUUCAGCUUAAAUCCAUACCGUCACAGCAGUGUAAUUCGCCUGCCAAUUGUAUGUUGUUGUGGUGUUGGGUUCAUUACUUGAUUCUGCUUGAGAUAUUACUUUAUUAGCUUCGAAUAUUACUUUAGCCAGCUUCAAAAUAGGACAGAUAGACAAAUGGAAAAGUAAUUUUUUCAUAUUACACUGUUUAAUUUAAGUAUACGAUAACAUGGCUAUUUUAAACGUUAAAUUUCCUAAUCAUUUUAGCUGUUUAUUUUAGCUGUUGAUUUUAUCUUUUUGAUCGCUUCAUCUUCUUUUCCAACGGACAGUGAUCAGCGACUAACUCCUUGGCAAUCAAAUAGUCAACAAACGGUCGUAAUCUCCCUUUGAGUUAAAACAUGCAAAAACGAUGCACACAAUUGAAAUUUCCGAGUUAUUGAAAUUGUUAUCUCAAUUGCGACAACCGAAGGCAAUAAUGCCAUGGUUUAUACGCAAAACGGAACGCAAAGGGACUGAGUGAGAAAAUGUUUGGCAGAUUACAUCAAAAAGAAAAAUCAGCAAUAAAAAAAAAAAAAUUUCAAUUUUACAACGACAAACCCUAAUGCUGAAUUAAGCAAUAAAAUCGAGCACCGCUUGCGAAAUAAAGAAAGGAAACGUAAAAUCACCAGGAAACGUUAAAUACCCUAACAACAAUAAAAAAACGUUAAGCGAAGGCAAAAUUCGAUUUAACCUACUAUCCACACCAAUAGUGAUAGCAUUAAGCAAAUUAAGCUGUUUUGUCAAAUAGACGGCUACAGCCAAAGCCUCGCUUUAUGUUCUCCCUGUAAUAUUUCAAUAUUGCAGUUUAAUCAGCUCUUGAAUUUGUAUUGUUGACACAUGUACCACGACAUUGCCUGCACCCACAUAACAAAUGGUUUCAUAGAUUCCACCUUCUAAAUCUGGCAAAGAAAUUCACUUGGUCAGAAACCCAUUCAGUUCAAAUUGGCAUAUGUUCAAUUACACAGUUACCCAACGCUUCAAAACCAGAUCUUUAUUAUAACGAUCUUUUAAUGCCAUAUCGGGAAGGCUGAGUAAUCCUCCAAGGGAUUCCGGAUUCGUGUUUAAAGUAUCGAAACGUCGAUAGAAAGUGGUGUCAAAAUGGAGACAAGUAUACUAGGGCAACGCAUAUCAAAAGUCAGAUUAGCGCAAGCAAGGAGAUUAUUUAUCCUGUCGUCUAACGCAACCCCAAUGUGGCUUGAAAAAACGGUUGGUACACAAGGUUAAAAGGUUGGCACGCUGGGAAUAAUGUCGUAACCAAAGAAAUAAAGAGGCGCAUGCUACAUGAAAUGCAACAGCGUUCACGUUAGUAAAGAUAAUCAAUCCAACAAACAGGUCAAAAUACACUUUUCCACAAUAGACUUGCCCGUCAAGUAAACAUUUCGACAUUAGGUUCUCAAGAAACGAUAAAUAUUAAAUAAUGUUCACGCGUUCAAAGGUGUAAAGUGUAGCGACCGAAGAUCAAGGAAGGGACUGAAUUUUAUACGACUGGACACUUGAGAAAAGAGAAAGAAAAAAAUUCAACCAUUAACGAUAACGACAUCACUAGACAAAGAAAAGUGCCUGAAGUACAACAGUCAAACGUAAUUAUGUAACGAUUUUUGAUAUUAACUGAUCUCGAGUGCCUUUUACUUUUACCACCAACGUCAUAACUUAUUACCUAAUUAGAUAUAGCCACUGCCGUAUUUCUUUGGGCAAGUCGGAAACUUUGAUAAAUCAUCACUUAUCAAACUUUUCUAGGUUGGUGUUGACUUAAUGAAGUCGGAAACUCAGCGGUAACUGUAUUAGUUGUAUCAAGAUAAGUUUCGAGAGAAAGACACUUUUGUAAAAAAAGCAACUUGAAAGAAAUGCUGUCAAGUAUAAGACUUUUCAAAUCAAAAUGUUUUAUCGUUUUCAAAAAAAUGUUGGAAUGAAAUUAAUUCUAUACAGUCAAUUUCAUACUGGAAUCAAAAUUUGGAGCAACUGCGAGACACGCAAUCCUUCCUGGAGGUGAGGGAUCGCCGCACUAUCGACUACGGCGCAUUUCGUACCAAACUCUGAGCUGACAGCAGCCACGGACGGAUGGCAAGAGUUGAAAGAGAAAUUGAAAUAUUUUUUUCUAAACACGACCGCAUUAAAAAAAUUCUAGGCAAUUCCAAGAAAUCCAGUAAAAAGGAAAUUAAACUAAAACGCCACAACGACAACAUUUAGAUGACACAUAUUACUUGAAUAACGCAUCUUCAAAAUGGGAGGGAUAGACGCAUGAAAGGUAAUUUUUUCAAAUUACAUUACUGUUUAAUUAAAGUAUCCGAUUAAAAAGCUAUUCAAAAUGCGGUCAAAUUUUCUAAUCAUUUUAUAUUGUUGAUCGCUGGUCGUUUCAACUUCUUUUCCAACGAACAGCGAACUCGGCAAUCAAACAGUCAAACUCACCAAACGGCAAUGCAAA